AUGGGAUCCCUCCUCAGCGGCACCACCAACUCAUGCACUCCCAUCCGACCCCUUCACGCAUCUUUCCACAACUUCCUGACAGACAAGUCAUCCAGCAGAGACUUUUUCAUCGAGGUGUCGAACGUACAACAUGACCUUGCACUUGCAUCGCUACGAGUGAUGGAACAUGGCCUUCGCUUCAAUAUUUGUGAUUUGAAGUUGUCGCACCUCCCCAAUUCUCAAGACGCAGGGCUGCCUCAACGAGUCAAAACAUCCAUCCCCCCAUAUUACUCGAUGUCAUCGGGGUUAAACUUGUUUAACCAAGUUGAAUCGAUUCGCGAUGCUGCACUAUCUGCUCGUGGACGUUCUGCACUGUCUAUUUUUUCGUCACCCGCCCACCCUGUUUCUGUCCCUCGUUUCUUCAGUCUCUCUAGUGGCACCUGGGUCAUCGUUAAUAUUCUCUUCUUUGCGGACCAUGUUCUUCAGCUCCACCAUCAGGCGGUCGAGAACUGGUGCAACUGGUUUGGCCACUUGAUAAAGCUUGAGGAAGACAUAGCAACUAUUCUCCGUGACAGGGAAAUUAUUCUAAUCAAAUUGUCCAAAUCCUCCAAGACCACACGGGAUGAAUCUACCAAAUUUAGCUCUUUCCCUUCUGCUAUUUCUACGUCACAUGGCUCUCCCGACACCGAAUUUUUACAAGCUCAAGAGGAGCUAUGCGCAUGUGAGGCUUGUUUGGCCAAUAAGGAGCUGGAGUCGGAGGCACUUCGGAUUGGCAUAACUGGUCUUAGUACUCACUGUUGGGCUCUCGAUGGGCUUCUUCGGGGUUUACAGAGUCUUGAUGUUUCAAGUUCUGAUGGUCAAGUUCCAGAACGCAUCACCUCGAUUGCAUUCGCACUCGCGUCCAUCACUCUUCGUAUCCCAAUGAAUGCUCAUUACACGUAG